AUGAAGAGCCCUCGGAAUACAGGAGCUGCAGGAGCUGCCGCAGGAGCUGCAGGAGCUGCAGGAGCAACCGGCUCCAAGAAGGAAUUGCCAGAAGUCAAGCACAAGGCGAUGCAAGAGGUGUACAGGUCAAAGAUGAAGGAGUCGAGAUGCAUGAGUUGCGGGAUGGACAUGGAUAAGUUGUUCUUGCAUGAGACAGGUGUGCUCGAUUGUACAGACGGAAGCUGGUUGUGCGGUCCUUGCAGCCUGAAAAGAACCAACGAAGAUACUGGGCAGUGGAAACUGUACGCUCACUUGGUGGGUGCUGUUAUGCCAAAGUGCAGUGCCAGUCAUGCCGUUCCUCCGCAGAGUUUUCCCAUACAUGCAGCAUGCGCAGCGGGGAACUUGAACGCGGUCACUGAGUUAUGGGAGGGAGUGAAAGGGAGUCAUUUCUUGUUCGAAGUCAGGAAAUUCGCUCGCGACAUCAACCUACCAGCUAAGUUGGAGGAAGUUGAAGACGGGUGGCCGCCUCUUGCCUUUGCAGUGAUGUCACCAGAGCAUGUCUGGCCUCCUCCUUACAUCAUGUCAGACAUCAAAAGGGAUGGAGCGGGAGGAGAAGAGGAGGAGGAUCUGUCGAUCAGAAGGAACAAGACAGCAAACAUCCACCUUGUGAGAUUCCUCCUGGAGAAAGGGGCAGACCCUGUCUGGUCAGACAAGUACGGAAGGAGCCUGUCGGAGUACUGUGAGAAUGCAGAAAUAUGGGAGUUGACGCGAUUGGCCAGAAAAGGCGAGCUAAGCCUGCGCGAUGCAAAGAGAAGAUUUGCGGAGAGGGACUUUGUUGCAGCCCGAAAGCUCCUGGACGAAGUGAAGCCAGACUGGAAGGCUGCAGGCCUGCUGGAGCGGUUGGCCACCAUCCAACCCAUCGAAAGGCAAGUGGAUGAAGAGCUGAUUCAGUGUAUUUACCUGCUCUCUGGCCGUGAUGCCAAGAUGCAGUGCACAACUCGGGACGAGAGUUAUGGAGAAGCUCUUGCGGGGACUCUGGAAGUGGAUGGAAUAUUGAAGGCUAUCCAAUUGUUGGUGGACGAACGGGAUCAAGGCGAAGGGAUGGUUGAGGGAUGUUACAAGAAAGAAACAGUGAUAGAAAUGCAGACUGUGAAGAUGGAGAUGGAGAUUGGGAUUGGGAUGAAGAUUGAGACUGAGUUUGCAAGGACACGAGGCAUGGAGGUUGAGAACAAGAAGAAAGGAAUAAGGAUGGAAGACUCUCAACUUUUUGCAGAGUUGCAGGCUAUGAUUGAGAAUGUCUGGUUUGUUGCUGCUCAAUCUGCGAGCUCCCUUGAAUGCCUUGUUCGCUUCUUCCUCCAAGUCAUCCAGUUCGAGCAGGUCUGCAUGACGCGCUUCAAGGCAACAGGAGAGGUUGAAGGCAGGCAUGAGCAACACUUCGAAGAAACAGAGUUGUUGCUCUCGUACUAUCAUGAUUGUGUGGCAAAGAUAUUUAGUGAGAGAGAGUUUCUAUCUGAAAUCACACCCAAGGCAAGGUUUCAGCAAAGAGAGCAAGCUUUUGCAUACUCCAUUCAGAUUGCCAGGACUGCAGAGAAGAAACGUCAGAGUCAACUCGCGUUCGAGCAUGCUGGCAUUUUGCUCAACAAGGAGUUUUUCGAGGAGGCAAGGGACAGCGCGUCAAGGGCAGCGGCGAUCAUGCACGAUAUCGGAGAGGUUGCGCAGGAAAGAAUCAUGAGAGAGUUUAUCGAUGAUAUCAACAACAAUGAGGAUGUACUCAAACAGCGGAAAGUCAUGAUCAAAGUUCAAACAGCCUGUGGAGGGCAAGAAGCUGUUGGCAUCUGCAACCAACUCCUGGCAACCAUGUUUGACGAUGCUCGCGCAUGGACAAGCAAACGUGUUGUGCUGAAGUUGCCGUUCCAUGAUGUCCAUGUGAGGUGA